AGGUCACUCCCUAACAUGGCGGCACCAGCCCCUAAACACUACAAAAACGGCACCUCUCUCACCUCCCCUUCCGCCUUUCACCGCUGCCGCCGCCGCCGCAGCCACCGCCUCCAACUUUCUCCAUAAUUCAUCAAAAUGGCAUCACUUUCCGCUAAGUUCGUGGCGCCAUCGUUGCCAAAUCACAGAAACGUUAAACUGACUAAGUUCACUCGCCUCCACGCGACUCCGCCACAGACGGUGGCGCCACCAGCAUCCGGAUCCGCGGAGAUCGACCCCGCAAGACUGGAGCCCAGGGUGGAGGAAAAAGAUGGUUACUUUAUACUCAAGGAAAAGUUCAGACAGGGCAUAAAUCCCGCAGAAAAGGUUAAGAUUGAGAAGGAACCAAUGAAGUUGUUCAUGGAAAAUGAAGUUGAAGAGCUUUCCAAGAUACCAUUUGAAGAGAUUGACCAGUCCAAACUUACCAAAGAUGAUGUUGACAGUAGACUCAAAUGGCUUGGCCUCUUUCAUAGGAGAAAGCAUCACUAUGGAAGGUUUAUGAUGAGAUUGAAGCUACCAAAUGGGGUUACAACCAGUGAUCAAACAAGAUAUCUAGCAAGUGUUAUCAGGAAAUAUGGGAAAGAGGGCUGUGCUGAUGUUACAACCAGGCAGAAUUGGCAGAUCAGAGGUGUUGUGCUGUCUGAUGUGCCUGAGAUUCUGAAGGGACUUGAUGAAGUUGGGUUGACUAGCUUGCAGAGUGGCAUGGAUAAUGUCAGGAAUCCAGUUGGGAACCCUAUUGCUGGAAUUGACCCUGAUGAAAUUGUUGAUACAAGGCCUUACUGCAAUCUGCUCUCCCAUUUUAUCACUGCUAAUUCACAAGGCAACCCUGCUUUUACCAACUUGCCGAGGAAAUGGAAUGUUUGUGUGAUAGGGACUCAUGAUUUGUAUGAGCAUCCCCACAUCAAUGAUCUUGCAUACAUGCCUGCCAUGAAAGAUGGGCGGUUCGGCUUUAACUUGCUCGUGGGUGGAUUCUUCAGCCCCAAGCGAUGCGCUGAAGCUAUCCCUCUAGAUGCGUGGGUGCCCGGAGAUGAUAUUCUCCCGGUUUGCAAAGCUGUACUGGAAACCUUCCGAGAUCUUGGCACUAGAGGGAACAGACAGAAAACAAGAAUGAUGUGGUUGAUUGAUGAACUUGGCAUAGAGGGGUUCAGAGCAGAGGUGGUGAAGAGGAUGCCAUGGCAAGAGCUAGAAAGGGCAGCUGCAGAAGAUCUGAUCAAGAAAGACUGGGAAAGGAGAGAAUGCCUGGGCGUUCAUCCCCAGAAACAGGAAGGGUAUAGCUUCGUCGGCCUCCACAUUCCAGUGGGCCGCAUCCAAGCCGACGAAAUGGACGACCUAGCCCGUUUAGCCGACCAAUACGGUUCCGGCGAGCUCCGCCUCACCGUCGAGCAAAACAUCAUAAUCCCCAACGUCGAAACCGCCAACGUUAAUGCUCUUCUAAAAGAGCCUCUCUUGAACCACAGAUUCUCCCCCAAUCCCCCCAUUCUCAUGAAGGGCUUGGUGGCCUGUACGGGCAACCAGUACUGCGGGCAGGCCAUCAUAGAGACCAAAGCCCGCGCCCUGAAGAUCACGGAGGAGCUCCAGCAACGCGUGGCCGUGAGCCGCCCCGUGAGAAUGCACUGGACGGGCUGCCCGAACACCUGCGGGCAGGUCCAAGUUGCAGACAUAGGGUUCAUGGGAUGCUUGACGAGAAAGGAAGGGAAGACUGUGGAAGCUGUUGAUGUGUACGUGGGAGGGAGGAUUGGGAGUGAUUCGCAUUUGGGAGAUGUGUACAAGAAGUCUGUCCCUUGUGAAGAUUUGGUGCCAUUGAUUGUUCAACUCUUGGUGGAACGCUUUGGUGCUGUUAAACGGGAGAGGGAAGAAGAUGAAGAUUAAGAACUCGCAAUGAUACUCUGUUUUUAAGGCUUCAUACUUUCCAAAAAAUAAAAUAUUUGUACUUUGGCAUAUUUUUUAAUAUUUGGAAAAUGAAUUGUAUUUUUAAA